AUGUCCGGGAGCGCGGCGGCGGACGCGGACGGAGGCGUGAAAAAAGUUAAAGUCAAGCGACAGAUCAGGUGCAUCGUGAAGGAUCUCGAGCACAUCUUGGGAGACCUGAAGGAUGUGGCGAAGGAGCUCAAAGAGGUGGUGGAGGAGAUCGACUGCUUGACCUCUGACCUCCGUCUGGAGGAGGAUCUGAUGGACAGCUCCAACAGCAGCUCCAGCAGCAGCACCACCACGGCGUCCAGCGUCAAGAUCUACCCCGAGGAGACGCUCUUCAGACCCCCAGCCGUGCUGAAGAGACCCUCGGCGUCCAGAGCCCAGGAGAUCCCGGCCAGCGGAGCGCCGCUCAGAGACUCUGUGGAGGUGAAAGGUCACGCCGGCCGCUGUGCUCAGACCACGAGGGAGCGCGUGCGCUUCAGUGAGAAGGUCCAGUAUCACGGCUACUGCCCCGACUGUGACCUGCAGUGUGACGUGGACAGCACAGAUCUGCACUUACACCCCGAAGCGAUCGACGCCAGACCCAGCCCCGUCCAUCAGACGCUCCUGCAGAACGGUGGACUCGCCUUCCCCUCGCAGAAACCACAGAAGACCAUUUUACGCAAGUCCACCAGCACCACUGUCUGACGCAGACUGAGACUGAACUUGUAUUUGUGUUUGGAGAGACGCUGUACGACAGAGGAAGGGUCUCUCGAACUCAGAUCUUCUUCAGCUGGUGCUCGUGCUUCCUGACAGAGCGACCCGAGGAGCACGCGAUCCUGACGGAGAUCACACAGGAGACGAGCCCCAGAACCAGACGCAGAACAGACUCACCACAGAGUCACACGUCUGCAGACAACUUCUGUGUUUUUGUAAAGAAAGCCUUCAGAUACAAUAUGCAUAUUUUUGAUAUUUUCUAAGAUGAUUUUAAAGAUGUCACACGGUAGAUGACGGAAAAUGUAUUUAUGUACUGAUUAAA